AUGGUGAAAAACAAGUGUUUUGGUCAGUUUAUAGAAGAAGGUGACAAUGCCAGUUUCUUCAAGAUUCUUAGAAAAGAUGAUUUAUCAUCUGAAAUUGUGAGAAUGAUUCCUCAUGACCUCGUAAGAAGCAUCCCCGAAAACUCGUCGUCGUUUAAGAUGGUCUUGAAAGUGCCAUGGGGAAGCUCAUGGCCAGUCAAAAUCUCCAAGAACCCAAGCUUUCACUACAUGGAAGAUCGUGGAUGGGACCAGUUUGUGAAGGACAACGCUUUAGGUGAAAACGAGCAUCUUACCUUCACUCACGAGGCAAAUAUGUCCUUUAACGUUAACAUCUACGAGUCAGGUGGUACCGAGAUCCUUAGACCAAGAAUAUCUGCAAACAUUGCUUCUAGCUCCGGUCUGAGGAAGAGAGAAGCAAGGAAGAACAUCAACAAAGAUGUGAAGGAGGAGGAGAUAGAGUCUUCGUCUGAAUCGAGCUAUCCUGGUCUCAAGACAGGAGGAAGAUUAAAAAAGAAGAAAGCCGAGGAAACCGAAAAGUCCAAGAAGAACAUGAAGAAGAAGAAGGUGGAUACUGGCACUUCAUCUCUUGUUCCAGAAUUCAAUCUCACCAUAAAAAGAUCACACCUUAUGUUCUUGUCGAUCCCAACAAAGUUUUUGGGUUACAUGCCAAAGAAGACUAAGACGUUCAAGAUUCAUUACUUGGAAGGGGAGGAACCAUGGGAGGUUCUGUAUUUGGUCACUGAUGUGCAAUCCAGAUUCUCUGCUGGAUGGUCUCGUUUUGCCAAAGAGAUAGGCUUAGAGGUUGGAGAUGUCUGCAAUUUCAAGCUCAUUAAACCGAAGGAAAUGCUUCUCGAAAUCUCCAGAGAAGAGACUCCAUGA